AUGGCAGAAUCUUUACCAACACUACUGAAACAAAGAGAGGCCAGGAGACAGAGUAUAGAAAUACCUCCAUACCUGGCAUCCUCAAGUGGUCCUCUAACUGAGGAACUUCAGUGUUCUGUGUGUCUGGAUGUGUUCACCAAUCCAGUCACCACUCCAUGUAGACACAACUUCUGUAAGAGCUGCCUGAACCAGUGCUGGGACAAAAGUGAGGAUUGCUCCUGUCCAUUCUGUAAAGAAACAUUCAGUAAAAGACCAGACCUCAAGAUCAACACAGCGCUCAGGCAGGUCGUGCAGCACUUUAAAGAAAAGUCUGGUGUGACAACAUCUGAAGUGCUCUGUGACAUCUGUGAUGAUAGAAAGCUGAAAGCCCUGAAGACCUGCCUGAUGUGUCAGAGCUCUUACUGUGAGACUCACCUGGAGCCGCAUCACAGAGUCCCACGAUUAAAAAAACACAAAUUGAUAAAUGCUGUUGAAAAUCUGGAGGACUAUAUAUGCGAGCAACACGAGAGACCUCUGGAGCUGUUCUGUAGAGAUGAUCAGACAUUUGUGUGUCCGAGCUGCACUGUGACAGACCACAAGAACCACAACACUGUUCCUCUGGAGGAGGAGAGUGAGGAGAAGAAGACUCAAGUGAUGAAGAUACAAACAGACGUGCAGCAGAUGAUCCAGGGCAGAAUGAAGAAGAUUCAAGACAUCAAACAUUCAGGAGAACUCAGAAAACAAAGCAUGGAGAAAGAGAAAGCGGGCAGCAUUGAGCUCUUCACUGCUCUGAUGCUCUCCAUUGAGAAAUGUCAGGCUGAGCUGCUGGAAAAGAUGGAGGAGAAGCAGAAAGCGGCAGAGGAACAGGAAGAAGAGCCCAUUGAAGAGCUGCAGCAGGAGCAGCUCUCACACACUGAAGAUCACCUCCAACUCAUACAGGUUUACCCAUCCAUAUGCAGACCUUUCAACACUAAGCAGUGGACUGAUAUCAGUGUUAACACUCCUGUGAGUCUGAACACCAUCAGAGCAGCUCUGACUGAGCUGCAGCAGACUCUAGAUGAGAAACUCAGUGAAACCGAGCUUAAGAGGAUGCGCUUAUAUGCAGUGGAUGUGACUCUGGAUCCUGAUACUGCUCAGCCUGAACUCAUCCUGUCUGAUGAUGGAAAACAAGUGAGCAAUGGAGACAUUAAGCAUGACGUCCCAGACAACCUGAAGAGAUUUGAUCAUUGCAUCUUUAUACUGGGAAAGGAAGUAUUCUCCUCAGGGAGAUUUUAUUUUGAAGUGCAGGUGAUGAAGAAGACUGCUUGGAAUUUAGGAGUGGCCAGAGAAUCUGUCACAAGGAAAGGGAGAAUCACUCUGAGACCUCAGAAUGGAUACUGGGCUAUACGACUGAGAAAUGGGAAUAAAUACAAGGCACUUGUAAAUUCCAUGUCUGUACUCUCUCCGAGAGUGAAGCCCCAGAAGGUGGGGGUGUUUGUGGAUUAUGAGGAAGGUUUGGUCUCCUUUUAUGACGUGGAGACAAGGUCUCAUAUCUACUCUUUCACUGGCCAGACCUUUAAUGGGAAACGCUAUCCAUAUUUUUGCCCAGCAUUAAACAACGAUGGUAAAAACUCUGACCCAUUGAUCAUCUCACCUGUCAAUUAAUGAAUAAAUGUGCAGCCCAUAUAUGAAAAAAACAGUAUCAAUAGAAAAUAGUCUUUUAUUAUAUACAUUUGAGAAAUAUCACAGGGGCAACCAUGAUGCUGGUCUGUCUGACAUGUCUGUAGGCAGGAGUGCCACAUGUAUCAAAACCAUGCUCAUAUUCAGACCAAGAGCAUGACUGUGUGAUAUUGCUUUUAUACA